GCCCAGUCGUUCUCAUCGAUGUGACCGGAGUUUCUCUUCCGCUGACAGCCCGCUGUCACACAGUGAUCAUGCUAUCCCAUUCCCGGUGUCUCACCAGGAAUUUCGGCCGCUCCCUCUCUGCCAUCCGCCAGGGCAACAAUGGGUUAGCUCGUCGGGCCACUGCAGUUUUGUCAACUUGCCAUCCUAUCACCGUAAACAACAACGUACCAUAUAAUCCCCGAUCCAGUAUCUUCCAAAUCCAGUACUUCAGGACAUCUGUAGCUUACAGAGAUGAAGUCAUCACAGUCAAGACUCCUGCAUUCGCAGAGUCUGUCACAGAGGGGGAUGUAAGGUGGGAGAAAGCUGUUGGCGACACUGUCUCUGAGGAUGAGGUGGUGUGUGAAAUUGAAACAGACAAGACAUCAGUGCAGGUGCCCUCUCCUUCUGCUGGAGUAAUAGAGGAACUUUUGGUCCCAGAUGGGGGGAAGGUCGAAGGAGGAACACCACUUUUUAAGCUUAAAAAAGGAGCCGGGGCCCCCAAAGCUCCAGAAGGUUCAAAAGCCGAGGCCCCAGCUGCCACUGCUGCCCCGCCGCCUCCUGCUGCUCCAACCCCCCCUCCCCCAUCCACUGCGGGGCCCAUUCCCACCACCAUGCCCCCGGUGCCACCUGUGCCAGCACAUGCUAUGGACACCAAACCAGUUUCAGCCAUCAAACCCACCGCUGCUCCAUCGGUACCAGCAGCCCAUGCAGAGGGUGGAGCUAAAGCAGCAAGGACCGAGAGCAGAGUGAAGAUGAAUCGCAUGAGACUAAGAAUUGCCCAGAGGCUGAAGGAAGCCCAAAACACCUGUGCUAUGUUGACUACUUUUAAUGAGGUCGAUAUGAGUAACAUCAGUGAGAUGAGGAAGGCUUACAAAGAUGCUUUUCUGAAAAAACACAACAUCAAGCUGGGCUUCAUGUCUGCGUUCGUGAAGGCCGCCGCGUACGCUCUAGUUGACCAGCCUGCUGUCAAUGGAGUGAUUGACGAUACGACCAAAGAGAUUGUGUACAGGGACUAUGUGGACAUCAGUGUUGCUGUUGCAACGCCUAAGGGUUUGGUGGUUCCCGUAAUACGAAAUGUAGAAGAAAUGAACUUUGCUGAUAUUGAGAAGGCAAUCAAUUUGUUAGGAGAAAAGGCACGUAAAAACGAGCUAGCUGUCGAAGACAUGGAUGGAGGCACCUUUACCAUCAGCAAUGGCGGCGUUUUUGGGUCCUUGUUUGGCACACCUAUUAUCAACCCACCACAAUCUGCUAUUUUGGGCAUGCAUGGCAUCUUCGACAGGCCUGUUGCAGUUGGUGGCAAGGUGGAGAUCCGUCCAAUGAUGUAUGUCGCUUUGACAUACGACCACCGUCUCAUCGAUGGAAGAGAGGCCGUCACUUUCCUGCGUAAGAUCAAGUCAGUGGUGGAGGACCCCAGGGUUCUCCUCCUCGACAUGUGAACCUUUGUCAACUCCGGGCCCACCGAACCAACCCCACACCAACGGCUGCUGUUCACAACUAAGAAGAAAAAACUACCAUAACUGCAUUUAAUGUAAUGUAUUGGUUAACUAGAGGGAUAAACGAGGAUUUAUUGUGAAAAGUUCGGUUGUGCUGUGGACAUUUGUAAGACCAGCUGAAAGGUUUAAGUCCUGGGCUUUGGGGUUUCAGGUGCUGGUCUUUUGAUCAAAGAAACAAA